AUGGCUGCACAAACUACGGUCUGGCCGACUGCUCAGACAACCAAUGUCCAGAACCCUCGGCUCAAGCUCCUUGAAGGCCUCCGGGCCGGGAGGUACCCGCUCAUGACAUUCAUGGCCAUUCCUUCGGUGCGCCAGGCCCAGAUAGUAUCCCUUUGUGGAUUUGAUGGCGUCAUCAUCGACUGCGAGCAUGGUCACAUUGGCGACGAGGCCAUGCACAACUCGGUCUCGGCCAUCGCGGCCCUAGGAGUGUCACCUAUCAUCCGUAUCCGCGGGCCAGCACACGACAUAAUCAAGAGGGCCCUGGACACGGGGGCCCACGGAAUCAUGGUACCCCAGAUCAACAACGCCGAGGAGGCCAGCCAGAUUGUUGCCUCGUCCAAGUUCCCACCACAGGGCGUGCGAGGCCAAGGGUCAGCCUUCCCGGCCAUCGGCCACGGCCUGACGACGCCGCAGUACAUGAAGACGGCCAAUGAGACCAUCAUCACCAUGGUCCAGAUCGAGACGCGGGCGGGCGUUGAGAACGUCGACGCCAUCGCCGCCGUCCCUGGCGUGGACCUGGUCUUCAUCGGCCCCAACGACCUCGCCCAGGCCCUGCUCGGCUACACGCCUGCGCGUGGCGACGAGCCAGAGUUCGUCGCUGCAAUCGAAAAGAUUGUGGCGGCCGCGCGGAAGCACGGCAAGUGGGCCGGACGCAUGGUCAACAACGGUGCGACAGCCAAGGAGGCGAGGCAAUUGUAUGACACCGUCGCCAUGACGGGCGACACCAAGGCGAUACAAAACUGGUACAUGGCGGAGCUCGAUAUUGCUCGGUCAUGA